CAUAGUUAAGAUACGAAUCUUGUUUACGGAAGUUGGUGGUAUACGUUUAAGUUUUCCUUUUGUACCCGACAGCCCAGCGGUUUAUGCUUGUGAAUCACAAAGACACAACAUAUAAAUAUAUUGGGAGCAAAGACUAAGGCAAAAUCGUUUGAAUAAAGUUAGGUUGGAACACAGUUACACAGCCCGCAAACAUUGCAAACUAUUCCUAAUAUACAAGUAUAAUAUACUAUAUAACGUUCAUGGCACAAGACCUGCCCCCUGGGCGGAUUAUAAUAGCAGACUGGCAUCUUUGCGCAGAAAGCAAAGACUUCUUCAACAGAAUUCUGCAAAAGAAAAAACGAAGGCAGUUUGGCCUCUUGGAGUCUCCCAUGAUGGCGCCUCACGUUGCCGUGGAGACAGUGCAGUACAAAGUCUUCCUUUCUGGGAAGAGUGGAGUUGGGAAAACGUGUCUCGCAGCACGCCUUGCAGGGCUCAGCACUCCCAGCAUGCACUACGAAACUACAGGUAUUGAGACCAUAGUGUUAUAUUGGCCGGUGAAACUGAGGGAAAAUGGCCGAGUACUUUUCUUCAGACUGCAGCUAUGGGAUUGUGGAGAGAAUGCCUUGCGUAGAUUCGACCACUUACUCCCCUCUUGUAAGGAACAGGUGGAUGCGGUCCUCUUCCUCUUCUCCUUUACCGAUAGAACCUCCUUUGACGAUCUACCCAAUCAGAUCGCACGAUGGUCAGGGCCAUCUGACCAACUUGUGAAAAUGGUGGUCGGCACCAAAUUUGACCUGUUCAUGCACAGCGACGUGACGCAGAGAGAAGUGCGGCAGUUCCAGGAGACGCAGGGUCUCCCGGUCCUUCGCACAGGGGGAGAGGUCAGCGACGGGCUCGGAGACGUCGCCCCGUUCCUCAACUGCCUGGCUGAAGGGCUAUGGCACCAGGACUGCAUGGCGGCCACACUGCCCAGUGGCCCUACCCACUACCGGGAAGGGGCCCUCAUUUAGGAACACUUGGGUGGAUGUGUGCCGUGAACUACUACCUCAAUUUGGGAUGAAACAUUUGUACAGUGUUGUGACUGGAAUCUCUCGUCGUUGACCGGACAGAUUUGAUCACCAAGUAAAAAGGAUAACAAUUUUAUUUCCAGAAAUCAAACUAUUUCAUGUACAAUCAGUGCGUUCUUAUUACGUGUGUUCCAAUUACCAUUUAAAGUGCUCUCAUUGCAAUAAAUAAAAAAUAAUUAGAAAAAGUGUCCAACAAAGUAAUCUCUAAUGAAUUAUAGUGCUCAUAUAGUGAUGGUGAUGUGGUGUGCAAAGCCUUCUCUAUUCCUUACAUUUAAAACUCUAAAAUAUGAAUUAUGAAAUGUUCCUUCAAUUUCAAACCAUACACUAUGAGCGAGUAAAUUUACGUUCCAAUCAACUUUGAGCAGACAGCAUCUUCAUCCAUGCCAUUUGGUCAGACCUGUCAAAAACAUUUAAAACCUUGAAUUGCACAGGACACAUUUUAAGCCAUUGUGGAACCUUAACUUGCGCCCACCACCAGAAAAUACUUUUAUUGUGAAUAUACCAGGGAUUCUAUCAGACAGGCGUAAACAAGCAGGAGUCGUGGUUACGAAUGCAUGAGUGACGUCAGCGCUGACCUUGAGCGCGCGGCGAGGAUGAGGGCUGUGGCGUGGCCCGCAUGGUUCUGGGACAGAUGAAGCAGGAAGGAGUCUGUGGGCAGCGCCAGCAUGCCGGCGUUCACCAGCUCCACGCGCACGUUGCCGGGGAAUGAAGUGUGGUCUAGCACGCCAAAACGCUGCUCCCUGGGAAAUGUGGAGGAGGACGUCACAUGACCUGCGGAUCACCAUGACCCGUCCUUGUUCUUGUUUUCCCAGAUCAAUGCCGAGCCAAGAGGUGCAUGGAAAGUGUAAUUGCUGUGGCGUCAGCCGCCAGAUUUAAAAAUAUACAACUUUCUGGGUUUGAUUCUCGUCAAACAAAAACAAAACGCCCCUUUCCUGUUCUUUGAUGACCUCCAUCUGUUUUCACUGCAAGCCACUUUAAAUAAUGCAAUACACCCAAGACUGACAAUACUGAGAAUGAACCGUCUUAGAAUUGAAAUCCCACACAUAGUUAAUGCCAUGUUCUACAUGCUAGAGUGUUAUACUUGUAUCCGUUAAAAGAUUCACCCAGAGGAUUUGGCAUACUUUUGAACCGAGAUGACCAGCAGAUCACUGAAGAGGUGAAGAUGGACGUCAGUGAAGGAGAUUUUCGAGUCUGAACCGACCCUAUUCAGCUGUCUCAAGGGACCGUCAUGCAAUAAGAAGCGUCCCUUCACGACCAGUGGAAGCAACUGAAGCAAAGAAAACAAAAACAAUCAUAACACUCCUUAUGUUGCAUCUGCUUGGACAAUGUAUGGAUAGCAUUUAACCAUCAGAAAAGAAAAUAUAUAUUUGAAACCUUAAGAUUGCUGAAAUCUAGCAGCACCUCUAGGCGCACAAGUUCCUCAAUUUGUUUCAUCCUCCGGACCCCUUCAUUGCACUCCAUAAUGACCUGAUCCCGGACAGAAAUUGUAAAAAAUGAUUCAUGUUUGUUGUUGAACUAUGUCAGCUGACCUUUGAAAGACCAGCAUGACUAAGUCAACAGGUGGUAAUCAUCCCAGCUCGUAAGACUGAGAAAUAGCAAGUCUUGAUUCAAGUAUCCAUGUUUUUUGUUGUCGUUUAAAAUCCG